AUGGCGUCCUCACUACGACUGCAGACGGGCGCUCUCGUCUUACACGCUCGUCAUACCCCCCAUAUCGCCCAUUUCGUCACCGUCGGCUUCCAGCAACAGCAAUGCCGCGCCUUCUCAGCGGCAACACAGCGAUGGGCCUACCGAACGACGAAUUUCAAACCGAGUGGCGUGUCGGCACCGUCCAUGAAGUCGCGCGCGAAGGACGUUCUUAGACAUCAACUACCGAAUGAUAUCGGCUUAUUGCCGGGCACCUUUGUUCGGCCCAUGUGGAAGGAUAUGCCAUCAAUCUUCAAGGAUCCGCGGGACAGGUUCCAGAUGGAAUGGACUUGGCUGAAGAGUGUCUUUCAGGGCUAUGUUAGUCUCUUGAUGUACUGCAAGAAAGAUCUCAGCAACGUUCCAUUUAUCCAUAAACAACUGGCCAGACCACAGAUUGGAUCUUUCUCUAUUCCUUUCUUCCCGAUCUUCCACAGCGUGCCCCGACGUGCAAUUGCAAAGUCCCUGUACACCCAGAUGUACACCUACCUUGCCGAGGGCGACAUUGCCGGUAUCAACCGCAUCUGCUGCGACAAGCUUGCCCAGAAAUUGACCGCCCAAAUUCAACGACGUCCCGCCAACGAACGUCUCACCUGGAAACUCGUUGGUGACAAGUUCCGCGGCGCGCGCGUGAUGGCUGAUCGCGCCAUCAAGAUUCCCGACAUUGCCAACUCCGGUAUCCGCCAGAUCGUCGUCCGUCUAUCGUCCAGACAAUCCGUCAGCAAGACCACAACCGCUAGCCAGAACAAGAACACCCCAUCACAAGAGGUCACUCCGGCCGCCAAGGAGCAGGACUGCGUCGAGUACGUCGUGAUCCAGCAACUCAUUUGGCACGGCAAGCACGCCGACUGGCAGAUUUGGGGAACCACCAACCCAACCGAUUUCAAGACAUUAAUGACCGACCCGGCCUUCGCACCGGGAUUAUCCACCAUAGAUCGCCUCGAGGCCAUGAGGAGCAUGGGUCAGAGGUAG